AUGUGGCACAACAAUGUAAAUGUAAAAGUCGUCCUCUUACUCCCGCCUUUAAGGAGUUAGCAAAUCAUAGAAAAUUCUGACUAGGACAUCAACUCAAGAGCAAGCAAAUUUUUAAUUAUAAUUAAUCAAAUCUCUAUUUAAUUUUAUAUAGCUUACAUUCUUAAACUUAAAUCUUCCAUUUUAAACCAUUUUUUUUUAAAAAAAAAUGAAUCCCUUAUAAGAGUGAGUAAAAAUGCCUUGAUGGCUCUUAAAUAGAGUUAGGAGAUUCAGGCGUUGGCAAGUCCAGCGUCCUGCUAAGGUUUGUCGACAACUACUUCAAACAAGACUCGAGCCCGACCAUUGGGAUUUCAUCUCUUAAAAAAACAUUGCAUGUGAAUGACACACACUUACUUACUUACUUAAUUAGAUUAUCGAAAAGCUCCCUGUUGGCGUCAUACAACGCUUUAUCUCCACCUUGUUUCGUCUUGGCCGCCUGCCGCCACCCUCUAGGGGUAGACUCCUCGCCGCCUGAGGCUCGCGUCUAACGGCGAGUCAGUGGGCUGGGCCACCGUGCCGUACGUCAACUUGGGUUGCCCUUCCAGAAAAUUCAAAAAAUGAAUUUUCUGGUCAAGCUAUCGGCCAAGAUGGAAUCCGUCGCCCAGGACGCAACGCCUGGUAUCGCGCUAGAAAUUGCCCGAUUGGUCUUGUCGACUCUGCUGGGCUUUCCCUUUCCAACGCCGAACCCAUCUUCCCAAGAGGCAAAAAACCUUGGUCCCGGGUGUGAACUUGCGGUCGGCCUAAUCCGAUAUUGCGCUCCACCCAAACCAAGUAAAAACCUGGCCGGAUACACAUUACCGAACGCCAACCUCCCUUCCACAAGGUCCCUGGGUGACCCCAGCUACAGGUGUUAAGAGGUUGGGUUGGUUCGCCACUCCAUUUUUAUGUAUGUGAAUGACACACACAUCCACUUCGAUAUCUGGGACACCGCUGGCCAAGAAAGAUAUCGCAGCCUCACAAGUAUGUACUGUAGAGAUGCAAAUGCCGUUAUCCUUGUAUAUGAUAUCACCAGUAGAAAUAGUUUCAAUGGUCUGAAGGCAUGGUACUGCGGACUCAAAGAAAUCAUAAAGAACAGUACAAUAAUUGCGAUUGCAGGAAAUAAAGAAGAUCUCGUCGAAAGAGAAGAAAUUCCAAUUGAUGAAGCCAAGGAAUACGCAAAUUUUAUUGGGGCAAUUUAUGCGAAAACCUCAGCAAAAUCCAAUGUAGGUGUGGAAAAAAUUUUUAUGGAUAUUGCCAAAGGACUGUGUCCUGAUAUCAAUAAUAAUUUGGUUUCUCCUGCAAAAAGUAGCAUUUCGUUGAAGAAGAAGCCACAUAAAGCGAAGAAAAGGUGCUGCUAG